ACAGCGCGAGACGCCAGCUGUUUACUUGCUCAGUGCCGGUUCAUGGGCCGAGAGGAGCGUAGUAACUCCCGGUCAUUUCUGUAUUGACGUCACAAAGUUGUCACCAACGGCUCCGCCGGCCCGGUACCGUCAUGGCUCGGACCGGUUCCGGUGCCCUCCUCUCCCGUCGAAACAUCAAGCUGGACUCCUUCCUGAAGCGGAACACGGAGCGGGCGGUAUACGAGCGGAUCCGAGCGCACGAGCCGUGCGUGGUGAUAUCGGAGACCGUCAAUAAGGUGUACAUGCACGUGGUGCUGAGCGACGAGCGCGUGUACCUGACUGAAUACCCGCCGCGCACGCUCACGGAAGCGUUCAGCUUUAGGCGCGUGCGUGACGUCGAGCUGGUCAACGACCUCCCAGAUUUCCUUCAUGGGAAGGACCGUGAACUCUGCCAGCACAUUCGAAUCACCUACGUCACGGACAAGCCUGCUGUGAGGGGCCGUGAUUGGCUGAGGAGAGACAGGAGGGUGGGACUUCCUCCCGCAGCCCGGCCCUCUCGCAGGACCAGCCACUGCCCAACAAUAACACACACCGUAGAAAGACUUCCUGCACAGAGGAGCCCCGACGAGCUUCGCACGCCAUCGACCGCCCGUUCCGCCUCCUGUCCGAACCCGGAGACUCUGGGCCUCGUCGGGGUCCCUCGGUCUCCCUCCACAGCGCCCACCCCCGUCGGCUCCCCCACCUUUCCUCUGCCGACCUUCCCCGACACCGGCCAGGUACGGACUGUUUUCGCCCCCGCCGUGGUUCAAAACACACACAGAACGUCGAGUGUGUUGACGGCGUUGUCGAUCCAGGUCCCGAGGGGGAUCGGUGCCGUUCUGUCUCGCCUGUUGAAACGGGACUCGGCGAGCGGCGGCGUCGGCGAGGAGAGGGAGGCCGAGCUGCACCUGUACGCCGUGUCGCACACGUCCAGACUCUACCUCCAUCUCCAGAGCUCGUGGAGCAGCUUCAUCAUCAGGUCCACUCUGUCGUUAGACCCGCUCUACAGAAGAAAGUGCAGCGCUUCGCCCGACUCCUGUCCCGGAAAACGACUUCCUGCUAUCAGCUGGGAGCGGACCACCCACCUGUUUGCUCAGCUGAGCUGUGAGCUCCUGCAGGAGGGGAUCCGUGUGGAGAGUCUCUACCUGCUGCUGCAGGAGCUGAGAACCGCCGCUCACCGCAACGUCGCCCUACGCCGACUCUUCUGGAGGUCCAGUGAGCUGUUCGUCUUCCUGGUUCAGACUCUGGAGGAAUCUCUGUACGGCUGCCAGAACACAGCAGAUCAACUACUGCUGAGCACUCUGACCGUCCAGACGCUCGCCGUCAUGUUCAGAGAGACGGAGGUCGAGCCGGCCAGACUCCACCUGCUCUCCGCCACCAGAGGAGCCUUGGCCUCCAGAAUCCUGCUCGCCUUGAUAUGUGACGCAGAUCCACAGACGCGGAACCAAAGAUCUCCGGUGGACUGCGAGGCCUUACUGUUCGAGUACCUGGACGCCGCCUGCUCUCUGCUCUUUGAGCUGCUGCUUUUAGGCCACAACGCCAGCAGAUGUUCCCCUGCUGACAACUUCCUGUCUGUUGGCUGGAUCCUCGGAGUCCUGCAGCCUCAUCCUCACAUGUUGUCCUUCAUGGGGUACCAGGUCCGGCAGGUGGUGCUGGUUCUGUCGGACCUGCAGGAGUCCCCUCUGAGUCCACUUCAGUCCGUUCUGCUGUUCCAGCGCUGUCGCCUCCUGCUGGCCUGCCUGCAGUACAACACCCGGCUGGCCCAGCACCUCCGCUCCCACUUCCGAGAGGAGUUCAGGUACUUCGUGAAGCUGUCGUGCGCCGAGGAGAAGCUGCCGCCUCGCUACCCGAUCAGCCAACCGACCCUCCAGCUGGUCGAGCGGAUCCUGACCCUCCAUCUGCACGGAUGAUCGAGCACGUGCACGCGCCCACAAACACGUGCACGCUCCCACAGGACCGCGUUCAACAAAGUCCGAGUGAGUUUAUUUAGGCUUCGAGCCGCAUGCCGUUAACGAGCCCGAACAAGAAGGAACUCAGCACUUUCUGCCACGUGUUGUUGUUGUUGUUGUUGUUGUGGUUUUGUUACGCAAUGUUCCUUUAAUGAUGUGAAGCGGAACUCCUUCCAGGUUUCCCUGAGUGUUGGCUUUGAGCUCAACAUGUUGGGAUUCUGCCUUUUUGUGUAUAUUUAGAGAAUGUAUAUCUGUAGAUGAGCUCGAAAUAAACACUAUUUAAGUGGAAGUUGUCUCAAAAACUAACAACAAAGUCCACGGUGGCCAAUUAAAAAACAAAAGUUCAUCUUUCAUGGUGGAUUAUUUACGGUUGUGUAAGAUUAUAAUACAUAUAAAGGUCAUAAUAUGUAUUCAGUCUGAAUGUUGGGUUUCUGUGUUUGGAAAUAUUUAUUUAUUCGGGGUGAAAACACUGAUUAUUUUGUAAAUUAAAUGAAAUAAUAUAUAUUUUUUAAUAAUAUAAAAUAUACAAUUUUCUCUCCACAACUUGCAUUGAUUUUACUGUCAAAAGUUGACAUUUGCAUAUUGUUAAGAAAGAAUACUUUUGAUCGAUUUUUAUUUGCACUUUAAUCUAAUCGGCCCGCCCCU